AGGUAAGAGAAUAGUCACCUGCUUCUUAUUGUUCAGUAAAAUUCAGAACGGAGUAGUGAGGAAGUGCGAAAAAUGCUUGUUCUCCUGCAAAGUAGUCCAAAUGCUGCUGCUGACAGAGAGGCCCCUCUGUUGAAUACCACUGAGAUAAUCUUUUUGCUCCUGCUGAAAUGUGUGCUGAACUACGUUAGCUUUUAUUUUGCAAACAAAAGUCUAUGGCGGAGUAUCGUGGGGGCUUUCACUGUGACACUGUGCGCCUCUGAUCUUUUGCUCUUUGGCACAGUUUUGUUUCUUUCUUCUGAGACUCCUGACAUCAAGGCUUCCGUCUUGUGCUCAGUGCUGCAGUUCUUCUCUGGGAUGUACACCGGGAUCCAUGCUCCCAUCUUCAUCUUGACUGUAGUCGACAAUUAUUACAACCUUCAGGCUGAGCCCUGCCUGCUUUCACGCAAGAAGAGUGUAGGCUACUGGCUGGCGGUGGUGGCUGUGUGGGCAGCCGCCAUAACCUACAUGCUUCAAAGCACUUCCAUUUCGGGGCUGCAGGUCCUGAUACAUGACAACUUAAAGGUUCAAUUCUGUCCAAUUCACAGCACUGAUCUGAUACUGAUCUGCUCGCUUGUGAUGAUGGCUUUCUCGGUCCUGGUUGGGCUUUCAGCUUGGUGGUCAAUUCCUGCCUUUGCGUUGUCUAUGAGGGUGUCCAAUUUCCAGCUGUUCACCACAGCAGAUGAACCACCUUCUUUGCAAAGCAACGUAUUCAUCAGCUGUAAGGAGCCCAGGGAGAGCCCGCUGCUCAGCCUGCCGACACAAGACAAUGCACCCUUGCUGCUCUGCAUUGCCAUUAGCUUCCUUUGUAACUGGAUGCCCUUUAUGAUGAUAAGCAGUGUGUGCAUUCUCCUACGUAUUCCAGUCCCGGCCUACAUCAGCAUGAACACCUUCUUCCUUCUGUGCUUCAACAGCUUUGCAAUAAGAGUUCUAUACUGGUGCAAGGCUGGCCAGCUGGACUCAGCCGUACACUUUCCAGAGCCUAUCUACGACUGGAACAUCUGCAGAUCAAUGUGCAGGCCCAGAACACACGAGCCUAGCUCGGUGCCACAACCAGAGAGGACGCUAGUCAAUGUGUGCCAAGACUUAUAGAAUUUCACGUUCAAUCUGUGCCAUCCAAGUACUCUGAGACCUCGUUCCGACGGGAAAGGUGACAUGUAAUAAUAAAUGUAAAUUGGGAAUAUGUUGUAUUUUCAAGAUUUUUUGUUUUUUUUCACCCAGUUAAAAUCUGAGGCAGCCUUUUUUCUUCAGGUAUCAGCUUGGCUCAGUCGCUAGCAUUCUCGUCUCUGGGUCACAUAGUUGAGCUGUGCAGAGUGCAGUGUUUUUGGGGUGGAUUGGAUAUUGCAUUAAACCAAGAUUCUGCCCAGGGGAAAAAGGGAGGAGGAGGAAAUUGCUCCUUGCAUAACCUGCUUCACCACAUACUUUUGUUGGGUGUAUCUUUUGUUGCGUAAAUCUUCCAGGUUUCGUUUUCAAAGUUAUCAGUGAUUACUGAUAACUUUGAAAACGAAUCAGUGAUUACUGAUAACUUGUUGUAUCCAUGUUGGUUAAUAAACUUGUUGUAUCCAUGUUGGUUAAUAAACUUAAUUGAGUUGAUUUAUGAAUAAAGAUUGUGAUUGCAGUUUUCACAAGAGCAAUACACUCCCCACCCCAACACACAAAUACACAGAAGGCUUUC